GCCUUGAGUUAGUUGUCACAUAAUAAGAAGAAAAUUAAAUUGGAACAAAACAAAAAUUUUGGCGAAGAAUAAUAGAACCUAAAUCAAGAUACGUACAUAAACUUUUAUUAUACUGACUUGGUAUUCAACGCAAAGGCGAUUCGACUGUUUUAUUUAUAGUUUUUUUUUUCCGAGCAAAUUGUAAAUUAGAUGUGUGUGUGUCGGCGGAUAUAGAAUAGAUAUAUAGUGAACUAUUAGUGACCAAAUAACCGAGAGUUCGCCUCGCAAAAAUCCGGGACACACAUUUUCGGCCUUCCAUGUUCCCAGCUCACGAUUGGUAACAUGUUGAGCGAUGUGGCGGGUGCUGCCGCCCCAGAUCAGGAGCACCAGCAGCAGCAGCAGCAGCAGGAUCCGGAGAAGCGAGCUCCGCGUACACCGCCUCAGCCGAGACGUCCCUCAUCUUCACAUGACCGGGCGAGGACCCCGCCCCAGGAGUCCCGGCAUCCCACAAAUUCCCACUCCCAUUCCCGGCGAACUGGUGGUGGCCAGGUGCCGUCCAGGAACCAGGUGGGCAACAACGAGUGCCAGUUCUUCUUCGAGGACGAGGUAUUCCGCAUCGAUCGGCGGGGUCGCGUCCAUUUUGGAGUUGUAACCGAGACGUCCGAGUCCUACUCCUCCGACGAGGAUGAGGAGAUCGAUGAGGUGCUGUCCAAGGGCGAGGUGCGCGUGGCCUUCUAUCCGGAUGGCAAGGAGAUGGUGCAUACGGAACGGUCGAUUGGUCUGGCAGAUCGAACCCUGAUGCCAGGCGAUGUGGUGAGGAGACGUCUGCCGGGACAGAAGGAUCUGGUUGGCCAGGCGGGCUACGUGCGGGAUGUCAAUGUGCGCGCCGAUGUCACUGUGCUGGGCUCCAAGAUGGUCAUCAAGAAUGUGCCCGCCGAGCGACUGCGUCCGAUUUCCGAGUGGAACCGGGAUGUGCCCGUCUGCCUGGGCACCUGGAUAGGCACCACCCUCACAGUGGACGAGUGUGCCGUGCUCAAAUCUUGCAAUGGAGCCCGUUUGGAAAUCACCUCCGACGACUUCCACAAAUUCAAGGAUGCCGUGGCCCAGUGCGCCCGCGAGGUCUUCAAUCCCAAUGUAUAUUUUCCGGGCAACGUUGUCGUGGGUCGCUUGCCGCCUCCAGAUCGCGUCAAGAAUCUAACACCGGAUAUAACCCCGAUCGUCAACCGCAAGGGUCGUGCUGUGUACACCGUCGAAUCCAUUCGCACCACAGCCGUUAAUGUGGCCUGGACUUGCCGGGCCAUCUCGCAAUUCGACAAUGCCAACGACCUCGAUCCCCUCAAGCAUCCAAAGUCCGCCAUCAAGGGCGAAGAUCUGAACAACGUUAAGCGCCUUAACAUCUAUGAAUCCUACGUGCUGCAGAUACACGAUCGAUUCUACCUCAAAUAUUCAAAAUGUGAUCUAUUAAUUAAAUACGCAGACUGGGAAGAGGAGCAAGCGGUGAAAUACGUCCCCAUUUUCCAAACCCAGAAGAAGAUGGAGAGCCAGGCUAGCAAAUUAAACUCAUCUGCCUCCAGUAGUGGAAAUUCACGCACUGUGCCCAAGCUCCGGCGCUUAGCCGGAAAGUUUAUCGGGAUGCGGCUACCUCGUCCGGUGAUAGACCAUUCUCACAAUGCCUGUAAGUCGUGUAAGCGCAGCAAAGAGGAUGUGUUCUCAUCGGGGACUGAGGAGGAGGACGACGAAGAGCCUAUCCAGCCACCUGAACCCUUGGCGGCUGUCGAAAAGGAGGCUAUGGUCGCCGAGGACACAGAGUCUCCGCCAGCUGCAUCCACAGCAGCUGCGGAGGCCGGCGCCCAGGCCCCCAGGACAACCAUGCGAUCUGGCAAGCGGCGACAUGUUAAAAAGAAAAUGCGCUCUAUGAAGAAAAUGAUUACGUUGCCCUUUACCAAGAAGGAGGUGACGCCCAAGGACGGUGACGAAAUCGUGGUGGAGACGCUGGUCGUGUACAGUUCGGUGACGGUUGUCUGGCAGGAUGGAUCCGUUGAGACUGGCAUUCCCUCCACGCAGCUCUAUCCUAUUCAUCAUUUGGACAACCAUGAAUUCUUUCCCGGCGACUUUGUAAGCAAGGCCAACGAGAACAGUACCGGAGCAACAGACUACGGGGUCAUCCAGUGCGUGGACCACGACGAACGCAUUGCCAAGGUCAUGUGGUUCAAUAUCUACUCCCUUGUAGAGAAUCCAAUUCCUUUGUGCAAAGAUAUAGAGGAGCUGAGCGUUUACGACCUGAAGGAUCACUCCGACUACCAGUACCGACCGGGCACAAUGGUCAUCCGAGUGUCAAACUUUACGGGUGAGGAUGUCGACUCAACUGCUGGCCAGGUGAUCGACAACUACCCCGACGGACGGGUGCGUGUUUGGUGGGCCAAGGGUCACAUCACCAUGUGCUACCCACAGGAUCUGUUCGAGAUCAACCACAAUGAUCAGGAGCAUGAUGCUUACGAAUCGGAUGGCUCGGAUGGUGACUCGUGGGAGACGCAGUCUGAGAACAAUCUCAGCGCUCUGGAGAAGGAAGACCAGAUUGUAAUUGGAAUGGAUCAGGCCGAGGAAGCAAUGAUUCGGCUAGAUAAACUCUUCCGUAUCCUGACUCCCAAGCACAAACCUGAUCUCAUCACCGACCUCAUGGAAGUGUUUAAAAACGGCCGCGGUCUGGACCGCAAGCUUUGCACGAACUUUUUCCACGUAGACCACUUCCAGGACAUCGUGGGUAUCAAGCCUUCAACCUGUGAAGUUUGUCCCGACUGCAAUGCCCACGGCCUUGUGGAGCCGAGUCCAGAGACGUUGACUGUCAUGACCAAGGUUUCAUCAGCGCUCCAGAUCGAACUGGACACUUUUUCACUGGUUCCGUCUGGCCAGUCUACAUCGACACCUACCAAGCGAAAGUCCUCUACGGAAGUUGAUGAAGUUCAGUGCAAAAAGAGCACUGAUGAGAUCGCUGAGGAAGAUGAGGGUCAGGAGGGGCAGGAGGAGGAGGUGGAGGAAGAGUAUUCAGAACCAUCAGAGGAGUUCCUUAAUACACAUCUUACUGAGAGUGAAAGACAAAUCCCCUACAAUCAGUUAACUAAGAAGUAUCGUAGCGAAUUCAAGGAACUACUAGCCUCCGCGCGGGAAAACAUAGCCAAAGGGUUCGAGAGUCCCUUCAAAAAUGAUUCUGGCGUCCACUCGCGCGGUGAAAACACUUCGGACGAGUCCAAUAAUCCAGACAGCGAAAACAAAUUGGCUGAGGAUUCAGAUACGAAGCAGACCAAUAUAAGAUCCACGGAGGACAAAAUUGAGUUCAUCGGUAAACGCACUGUUGACGUCUGCGAGGUCUUCUCUUUUUUGCUCAGUGACCAAAUGUACAAGUGCCGCAAAACGCUAGAGAGGAAGGGGUUCAUUGGAAUAAGGGAGGACAAGAAGGAGGAGGUGAGCGAUGCCGAGGAAGUCAUCGAGGUAGCCGAUGAUGAUGCGGAACAAGCGGAAAAAGGAACUACAGCGGGUGACGAGGCCAUGGAGCAGCCGUUGAAUCUAAAUGCCCUGUCCGAGUCACUGCCGCCCAUUGACGGUCCCAUGGCCUGCUCCUCGCCCUCUGCAAUACCGGACACCCCUCCCGUCUGCGAAAAUUGCUUCCAAGUGCUGCCCAAUGCACCAGCUGCCCACUUCUUCAUCAGCAAUAAGGUGACCCCGGCCAACAAAGCGCAAUAUCAGCGGGCUGUGCAGCGGGAAUACCGCUUGCUGAAGGCAUCUCUGCCCCCCGGAGUUGUGGUCCGUGCCUACGAGGAUCGCAUGGACCUGAUAUCCGUGAUGAUGGUGGGUCCGCAGCGUACGCCCUACCAAAAUGCUCUAUUCUUCUUCGACUUUCAAAUGGGGCGCGACUAUCCGAAGAGCCCGCCAGUAUGCCACUACAUCAGCUACUGCACCGAGCGCCUCAAUCCGAAUUUGUACGAGGAGGGCAAGGUGUGUGUAUCGCUACUGGGCACCUGGACAGGACGCGACAACGAGGUGUGGCUGCCCGGUAGCACCAUGCUGCAAGUGCUCGUUUCCAUACAGGGACUCAUACUGGUCGAUGAGCCCUACUAUAACGAGGCGGGCUACGAGAAACAACGAGGCACCCAACUGGGCAAUGAGAACUCUCGUGUCUACAACGAGAUGGCCAUCAUAAAAAUAGCCCACUCCACGGUGAAGCAGCUGAAGAAUCCGCCGCUCGUUUUCCGCAAUGAACUGAUUGAGCACUUUAAGGAGUUUGGCAGCGAGCUGCACGGCCGCAUGCUGGCCUGGUCGGAAUACUCCCUUGAGGCGCAGCGCCAGCGAAUAACCAGCAUUAAGGAUAUGCCCGUGGAUUACAAGGCGCCGUGCGAGCUGCCCGAAUUUCCGCUGCUGCCUUGCAGUCGUGGCUUUUGCAUAGCGGUCAAGGGCGUUUUGGGCCAACUGGAGAGCGAGCUAACUGCCUUGGGAGCCACUCUGGCAACAGAUGAACGAAAUGGCACCGCGGCGGGAAUGGGAACUGCGCCGCGUGCUGCUCCCGAGGAGAUCUGAGCGCCCAGCUCGUGCCUGUGAAAAAUUGGUGCCUAUCAGAAGAACCACAAGACUUUCGCCGCCUGCGCUUGGGAGUCUAACCUGGCGUUUUGUAGCCACUAUCUCGAAUCUCGAAUUUGUUCUUAACUCGUAUUGCUGGCAAUCAGCCUUUUAGUUAAACGAAAUUUCCUAAAGUUAUUGGUUGUUAGUUUUCCACAUAAAAAAUAAUAAUGUCAUAAGCUGAAUUAUAUAUAUA